AAAACCUGUCGACCAACCGUUGGGGCCCACCACGGUUGCCGUAAUUGAUAAAAUAUCAUCUUGCUGGCAAGGGCCUUCCGUGGCAAGCCUCGGAAACAAGAUGCGGUGCUGCCGAUGCCACGGAGCGAAGCGUUGUUAUCGUGGACACUCCGUGGAGACGUCUCGAGCGUGCGUGCGUACGUGGCUGUUUCCGGGGGCCCUGACACAGAACCGCCACCAUGGGCGAGCUUUUCCGCAGCGAUGAAAUGACCUUGGCUCAGCUGUUCCUGCAGUCUGAGGCCGCCUACUGCUGCGUGAGCGAGCUGGGGGAGCUGGGCAUGGUGCAGUUCCGUGACCUGAACCCGGACGUCAACGUCUUCCAGCGCAAGUUUGUCAACGAAGUGCGGCGAUGCGAGGAGAUGGAGCGGAAACUCAGAUUUGUUGAGAAGGAGAUCAAGCGGGCAGACAUCCAGAUCAUGGACAAUGGUGAAAACCCCGAGGUGCCGUUUCCCAGGGACAUGAUCGACCUGGAGGCCACCUUUGAGAAACUGGAGAAUGAGCUGAAGGAGGUGAACACGAACCAGGAGGCUCUUAAGCGCAACUUUCUGGAGCUGUCGGAGCUCAAGCACAUCCUGGACAAAACUCAGCAAUUCUUCGAGGAGGUUGAAUUGCGUCACCACCAGAUGGCAGAUCCAGAGCUGUUGGAGGAGUCGGCCACUCUCCUGGAUCCCAGCGAGAUCGGCCGCGGUGCGCCACUGCGCCUUGGGUUCGUGGCAGGCGUGAUCAACCGGGAGCGCAUCCCCACCUUCGAGAGGAUGCUGUGGCGCGUGUGCCGUGGCAACGUGUUCCUGCGUCAGACCGACAUCGACAGUCCCCUGGAGGACCCCUCCACGGGAGACCAGGUCCACAAGUCCGUCUUCAUCAUCUUUUUCCAAGGUGACCAGUUAAAGCACCGCGUGAAGAAGAUCUGCGAAGGAUUCCGUGCGACGCUUUACCCAUGCCCAGAGACGCCUCUGGAGAGGAAGGAAAUGGAGGCGGGAGUCAAUAACCGUAUUGAUGACCUACAGACGGUGCUCAACCAGACGGACGACCACCGUCAGCGCGUGCUGGCCUCGGCCGCACAGAACAUCCGCAUCUGGUCCAUCAGGGUGCGCAAGAUGAAGGCCAUCUACCACACACUCAACCUGUGCAACAUCGACGUCACGCAGAAGUGCCUCAUCGCCGAGGUGUGGUGUCCCGUCGGGGACCUGGACUCCAUCCAGUUCGCCCUGCGCAGGGGGACGGAGCAAAGUGGAUCGACCGUUCCAUCCAUUUUGAACCGGAUGCAAACCAAACAGACGCCUCCCACCUUCAACCGCACGAACAAGUUCACGGCCGGAUUUCAGAACAUCGUCGACGCGUACGGCGUGGGGAACUACCGCGAGAUCAACCCAGCCCCGUACACCGUCAUCACCUUCCCCUUCCUGUUCGCCGUCAUGUUCGGCGACUGGGGCCACGGGACGCUCAUAACGGCGUUUGCUCUGUGGAUGGUGAUUCGCGAGAGCCGCCUCAUGGCGCAGCGCAUCGAGAGCGAGAUCUGGAACACGUUCUUCGCCGGGCGCUACAUCAUCCUGCUCAUGGGGCUCUUCUCCAUCUACACGGGCCUCAUCUACAACGACUGCUUCUCCAAGUCGCUGGACCUGUUCGGAUCCUCCUGGAGUCCCCGUGCCAUGUUCACCUCCAAGAACUGGACGAUUGCGGAUCUAAAGGGCAACUCCAUCCUGCAGCUCGACCCAGCUGUCCCCAACGUGUUUGGCGGUCCUUAUCCAUUCGGGAUCGACCCCAUCUGGAACAUCGCAUCCAAUCGCCUCACCUUUCUCAACUCGUACAAGAUGAAGAUGUCGGUUACCCUGGGCAUCAUCCACAUGGUGUUCGGAGUCGUCCUGAGCCUCUUCAACCACAUUUACUUCCAGAAGAAGUGGAACAUCUACCUGCAGUUCAUCCCAGAGAUGAUCUUCAUGCUGUCGCUCUUUGGCUACCUGGUCAUUCUCAUCUUCUACAAGUGGUGCAACUAUACGGUGCACGAGUCCAAGCAUGCGCCCAGCCUGCUCAUUGCCUUCAUCAACAUGUUCCUCUUCACAUACAGCGACUCAGGCCCUAAUAUCUACACGGGACAGCGAGGGCUGCAGUCCUUCCUGGUGGUGCUGGCGCUGCUGUGUGUGCCCGUGCUGCUGGCGGGCAAGCCGCUUGUGCUGUGGUACGAGGACCGGAGGCGCCGUCACCUGGGAACCACGAAUUUCGCCGGCGUGCGCGUGGGAAACGGGCCCACAGAGGAGGACGCGGGCAUCAUUGACCACGACCAGCUGUCCAACCGCUCGGACGAGGAGGAGCCGUUUGACUUUGGGGACGUGUUUGUGCACCAAGCCAUCCACACCAUCGAGUACUGCCUGGGCUGCAUCUCCAACACGGCCUCCUACCUACGCCUCUGGGCCCUCAGCCUGGCCCACGCCCAGCUCUCCGAGGUGCUGUGGGGCAUGGUGAUGCACACGGGGCUCAGCCAGAACAGCUACGCCGGCUUCUUUGGCCUCAUCUUUGUGUUCGCCUUCUUCGCCGUGCUCACCGUCAGCGUGCUGCUGGUCAUGGAGGGCCUCUCGGCCUUCCUGCACGCCCUCCGCCUGCACUGGGUGGAGUUUCAAAACAAAUUCUACUUGGGAACGGGCUACAAGUUUGCCCCCUUCUCCUUCCAGCAGCUCCUGGAGAGCCAGCUGGAAGAGUGAUGAUGAGCUGCGGGGGGCGCUGGGGUGCCCCCCCCCCUCCGCGGCGGCGCUCUGCCUCCGAGCCCAGCGUGCGCUCGUGUCGCAGAGGCCGCUCCGUCCCCUUGGUGUGUCCCGUGUUGCUGUACCUUGGACUUCCGCCGCACGGGCCGGUCGUGGCUCAUCGCAGGUGCGGGGGAAGGACAACAACGCUCAACAACAACAACAAGCAGUUUUCACUCAUUUGUCCUGCCUGCGUGCGUGCGCGCGCAUUACAACGCGCGCGUAGCUUCGCUCAACAAGCAUUAGGGGUUUUUUGGUUUUAUUUAAUAAAUUAUUUAAAUGAAUUUUUAACGAUUUACUUUUUUUUUGCAACGACAAUAUAUUCCCGGCGAUCGACUCCUCUCGAAGCUGAUUAUGUUUUCCACGUAACAAUGUCGAUAUCAGUUGCGGGUGCGCGUUAUAGAUUUUUAACUUGACAAAGCUGUCUCGCUGAAAGGAUUAUAAAGAUAGACGGCUUAAAAAAAAAAGAAAAGAUCUCGCGUCAGCUCGUCAAAUAUUACACUUUGUGAUGUGCUCCGAUCGGCCCGUCGCUCGCUCGGACGUUUGUUCCCUGCUUCAAUAAACGUUUCACUGCCCUGGGCCCCGUCACGUCGCUCGUGCCACGUGCUCGCCGCGCCGUUGCCAGCGCAGCCAGAAUUGUGCCGUCGCGGGGAAACUAAACCGAUCAUGUUCACGGCCGAACCUUGCGAUGUUUCUUUCAAACGAUUGCAAAGCGCGCGUCUCGGCGCCCGCGCUCGGUUCGUUGGCGGACGGGCGGACGGGCGGUUUGCGUCCGCCAAAUGUGGGCAGCAAACGGCCAAACUCGCUUUGAGUAAUUGACGUCGAUUUGACCAUUGGCCAAAUUUCAAAGAAAACGGCGCCCCGUGCACAACCCAGUAGCUCUGCGGAUUCCGUACUGCGCUACGUUGCCACGAUGGGCUCCCCCCCCUGCCUCCGCCAACAACUCGUAGUGACCAGGGCGGCGAAGUAUGGUUAAACGAGCCCCAGCGGGCCCGCACGGCGUGGGGGGCCCGUCAUCCAGCAGCGGAUUUCUCACGGAUCCAGGCCCGCCCGGUCUCCUCGACCGGCGCGCGAGCGAGCGUCCUUCCGACAGACCGCGACGUGGUUACCGAGCGCAAGCUCCGUGGUAGCCCCCGAGCGAGGUGGGUGGGUGGGGGGGCCUCUCGCCCCAGCGCCCUCCCCUCCUCCCCCGGCGGGGCAGCGCGGAGAGCACGAGGCCUGCCGUGGGACUGGCAGGGCCACGUGACGGGGGGGGGCGAGGCAUUGGACGUCCACGUGGUGUUCUGUGCCGCGGUUCGUGUCGACCCCAGCAGUCGGUGUGCUCGUUGUGUUGUGAUUGUGUGUGCGUCAAUGUUACAAAUAGUAAGUAGCUAAUGAAUGCAUUGGUAUAUAUAAUAUAGGUGUUUGCGUGGGCUAAUCCAUUAUACGUUGCAUAUCUAUAUACGGACAGCAUUAUAAACAAGUGGUUAAUGUUACGUGCGCUCCGAGCUUGUGUCCCCGCUGUGGAGGUGCGCGCGGUGACGCCCGCCCCGGCGUGCGGGACGCGGCGUGGCCGUCCCAGAUGUAUCAAGGAUGGCGACCCUGACCGCGCUGCUUCGGGUUUACGAGAGCUCGUGCACGUCGGCAGGACGGCUCCGUGCGAUAUCCCACAACAACAAGAAAGUGCAAACUCCACUUGAUAAGUAUUGACUGCAUUUAAAAUGCCUGGAAUGAAUGUGGCGAGUUACUUAAACACCACGCGGGUUUUAACAGCUCGAUAUUUUCCACCCUUUUACAAUAGCGCCCGCGUCACUGCCGGGUAUUGCCGGUCCGUUGCUUGUGUUGCGUACACAGCUGUGGAAUUUGUGGGGUGUGUGGGUGGGUGGGGUGUGUGG